CCACGCAUGCGCAAGCUUUGUUUGCGGAAGUGAAGCAGUGAGGCAGGAAUCCGGCGUUGGACCCUACACCAAAUGCUCAGGCACGUCUUCUUGACAGGACCGCCAGUUGGCUGGCAACCAGUUCAGGGCGUACCCUUCCUCCCGUGACCCUCGUGUGGACAACCGACUAAGAAAAUGGGUGUGGGUAAAACCACGUUGGUCCACAAGGCAUGUGAUGCACUGCAGUCCUCGGGCCAGGCGGUAGAAGGCUUUUACACGGAAGAGGUCAGGGAAGGAGGCCGCAGAGUGGGGUUUGAUGUGGUCACAGUGAGCGGAGAAAGAGGCCACCUGUCUAGAAUAAGAGACAUUGGGGGUGACUCUCUCAGCAGGCAGGAGUAUACAGUUGGGCAAUAUGUUGUGGAUUUACCUUCAUUUGAACGCCUGGCCCUCCCCCUCUUCAAAAAGGUGGGCUUGCAAGACGGGACCGUCAAGAAGGUCUUUGUCCUUGACGAGAUUGGCAAAAUGGAACUCUUUAGCCAGCCGUUCAUCAGGGCGGUGAGACAGACGUUAGACUGCCCUUCCUGCACCAUCUUGGGCACCAUCCCCAUCCCCAAGGGGAAACCGCUUCGUCUGGUAGAAGAUGUGCGAACUAGGAGCGAUAUCAGGGUCUUCACUGUGUCUAAGGAAAACAGAAAUGCCAUUCUGCAAGAUAUUCUAUCAGCACUUCAGGAGUGUUUAAAAUAACACUGCUAGCACAAGGAUAACAACCCUAGAGAGGUAAACAUGUGAUUAAAUUCAAUUGACGCCUUAUUUUCUUGUUGAAGUAGGCAUCUCGAUCAUACAACAUGGCUGUGACGCGACCACCCAUCCGCUCAAUGAGCACACGUUCUACGUUUUGCUUUGUGCCUGCUCAAAAUGGAUUCUGUGCUGAAUAAUUGAAGGCUCACAUAGCAGGUUACCUUGUGUUGUCAAACUGUUAGUCUUCAAAACUCUGUGCAAUGAUUUAUAUUUUUCCCGAGUAAAGACAUUGAGUCGAUCUCUUCAGAUCAUCUUGAGGAAGUGCUCUUGAAAGUCCAAUCAAAGGACUGUACUGUAUUUUGUCAUUUAUAUUUUAUUUGUAGAAUACCAUGAAAAAUAAAUAUUUUUGUUCUCA